UAUCUUCUAACAGGUCGGAGAGGCGUCCAUGUUUUAACUCUUCCAUAAAAGACAGAUGUCAUAGUUUGAUCAUGUUUGGAAACAGUUCUCCCUUCUACUCACCAAGGCCUUUCUCACAGGAGGUCGCCCCUCAAUCGUGGCGGCUUUCCCAACAAGAUGACCUCAGGGGUGCUCCAUUGCAGAGAAACGGCAUGUUUAGACCCAGUGGAAAAUCCAUAUACAUGCAGAGAAAAGAGUACUCUGAGACGCUGAACAGACAACCUUAUGACUUUCAAUACAGAGUGGAGCACCUGUUCACCUGUGAGCUGGAUGGCCAGGAGAUGAGGACAGUGGACGACUGUGUGGCUAAGCUCAAGAGCCUGGACGCCAAAAGUCGUCUGUGGCCCCAGGAGAUGAUCAUGGAGGUUCAGCGAGGAUAUCUACUGCUCAGUGACAUCGAGACAAAGGUGGAGCUGGAGUCGCUGUCUUUGAGUUGCGUUGUGCAAACGAAAGCUGUGUUGGACAGCUGCGCCUAUGACUCCCUGCUGAUAGUAGCUCUGAAGGAGCGCAACAAACGUUUCACUCGGGUCUUCAUGUUCCAGUGUGAGGAAACCGGGGCGGAACUCGUCAAGGCUGAUCUGGAUAAAGUAGUACAAAAAGAAGGCGGCGACACAGAGCCACACAGAGAGCAGUUUGACAUCAGGGGUAAUCUUGAGAAUAUCAUCGGGGAACAUGCGCCAGGACGUUUUCAGCAAGCCGGGCCUCAUGCUACGCUGCAAGAGUGGGCCCCGCCUCCCCCGGACUUCCCGCCUCCACAAUGGGAGGACAGACAACCAGGACUGAAUGUUCACUUGCUGCCUAAUAUGUGUCAAAUGUGUCAACAUUACUUUGUAGCACAGUCACUUCAGUUUUUACCUAGACACACUUUUCUUUAUUCCCAAUUACAAACCAUGCUUCCCCUGUGGGUUUACACUCCGCAAAAAGAAACAGUGCACCAUCCUGAUCUUCAUCAAUUCGAGAGUAGCCCGGAGGAUGAGCAAGCAUACAUAGAAAUAAACACGGAAAUUUUAAACCAUGUUAUAAAUGAUUUGGAAAUCUUCCUGGACAAAGUUUCUGCUGCAGUAAAUGCAUCUUUACUGCAAGAUGGGAAGAGCAAGAGAAAAUCUAAGAAGAAAAAAUCAAAGAAAAAUGCAUCAGCUGCCAGCCUGCCGCCUCAGGAGGAAUAUAUCUCUUAUCUUCAGAAAAUCAGAUAUGGAUUCAAUCUUCUGAGCCAGCUGGAUGGGGUCCUGACCAGCCCCAGUGCUCCUGACUUUGUCCACAUCUUCUUCUCUACUUUAGGCACGAUAGUCCCUCAGUAUCCUGGAGACCUGCCUCCCACUGUGCUCUCUCCCCUGCUGACAGAGGCGGCCCUGCAGCUGCUCAGCCAGGUUGUCAGCCCAGAGGAGGACUGCCUGUGGAAGUCUCUGGGAGACAGCUGGAACGUCCCAAGAUCUAGAUACCCAGGUAAUGUCCCACCCUACACCCCAGACUUCUAUGAUGGUUGGCAACCACCUGCCCUGCCCGCUCGCCAGAUCAGACCAAUCCGCAGCAGCAGCCAGCGCUUCUCCCCAGGACAGAUAAAUGAAAGCCGGAGCUACUCACCCAAACCCAUGAUGCCUGAACAGCCUGUGACCAAUGGUCCGUGGGGUUCGCCGCCGCCACCACCACCACCACCACCACCAUCACAUGAGCCACCCCUGCACAUGCGAGUCAUUUACAACUACAUGGCCAGGAACAACCGAGAGCUGAGUGUUAUGAAGGGUGACGUGGUUCAGGUAAUUCAGAAAUCCAAACAGUGGUGGCUUGUUCGCAGCACCAGUAACGAGGAAGGAAAUGUUCCCUUCAGCGUUCUGGAGCCGAUCAUGAGCCCCGGGCCCAUGGCAGAUCUACCGCGGAACACUCGCGGCCCAGUGACUCUAGACAUGACCUCCACGCCUGCACAGGUGAAAGCCUGGCUCGAGUAUAAAGGAUUCUCCAGAAUCACUGUGAGCAGCCUCGGGGUGCUGACUGGCAAACUGCUUCUGGGAAUGACCAAGGACGAGAUAAGGACUGUGUGUCCAGAGGAAGGAGGCAAGGUCUUCUUCCAGCUUCAGGCCAUUAAGUCAGCCAUUGCACUCGCCAGUGAAUCAUCGGGCCUGUACAAUGGACGCUACUAAGGACCUCCUUCACUGCUCAAGUCCUUCAGUUUGUUUCUAGACUUUAAUCCGCACAUCAAUAUCUGUAGUUAAGUGGUGUCAAAUUAUCUUGUGGAUAGCUAUUAACAUUAUGGGAGAGGAUUAGGACCACAAAAGUCAGUGUUCUGCAGUUGAAGGCCAACUUAAGUUGGCCUACUCGAUGUGGAGGAGGUCACUAUCCUCUUCCAUAUAAAUGAAACUGCUUCAAACUAACUUUUACAAUUGCAGUUGUGUAGUUUCCCUGCGAUUAUGUUUGUUCCAUUCAACAGAUUUUGCUCUUAACCUCUGUUGCACAUCUAACUUACUCUUCAAGUGCAUUAACUUAUACCCUGUAAUAUUUUCUGAUUAAUGCUCUUAGAUUUCACUGUACAUAAGUGAUGU